UCUCGGUCGUGUGCAAGGAAUCAAAGAUUGAUCGAUAAAACGUGAGUUGAAGUCGAGUGGAAGCACGCUUACUGAUUGAUAGACAUUUUUAUUUAGAAAGUGCGAUAAACGAGCUGUUCAAACUUGCACGUGGACUGUUCACGUGCGAGCUUGCGUGCGAGGCUGCGUACUUUAUUCCCGCUCUUUUUGUGCCCGCGCGCACUAGAGAUGGCGGGAUUUGUGUCAUGUUGACGUCAAAACUACCUGGCGGCGCCACCUGAUCAGCGGAGAAGAAGCGAACUAUUUUUCUCGGCGACGACGUCUCCAUCAUUGUGCAGAAGAAUCGAUUCGAGUGCGGUUUUGUGUGAAAUCAACUUUUUAUUUUGAGCCAGUGCCCAAUCCGGACCGAAUAAAUCUCCGAAAAUGCAGGGAAUGAGCUUGGCCAGCAUCAAGAAGAACCCAGCGCUGAUUCCGCUGUACGUGUGCGUCGGCUUGGGUGCCGUCGCUGCUGUUUUCUACACGGCCCGUCUGGCUAUCCGUAGCCCCGAAGUCAGCUGGAACCGCAAGGGCAACCCAGAGCCAUGGGAGGAGUUCAGGAACAAGCAGCACAAGUUCUACUCCCCCAUCAGGGACUACUCCAAGGUCCAGAGCCCGGCCCCCAAAUACGAAGAAUAAGCUGAUAAGCAAAAUAUGCGCGGUUCGGUACAUCGGAACUCGCAUUGUAGCACCAUGUGUAAUUACUAUAAACGGCACAGUAGAAAAUCUACGAUUUGGUGUGAGUAAGUUAUGAGCAGCAGUAAGUUUAAUAAAGUUGAAUAAUUGAAAGUAAGCUACCAAAUCGAA